GCCGUGGAUUCUACAAAUCUUCCUCUCAAGAUCUUCAGUGCUCUCGGUGUCCAACUCACAGUUCCUCUGAUAAAGAAGGCUCCUCAAGAUGUGAAUGUGAAGAUGGGUAUUACAGGGCUCCAUCUGACCCACCGUAUGUUGCCUGCACAAGGCCUCCAUCUGCACCACAGAACCUCAUUUUCAACAUCAACCAAACCACAGUAAGUUUGGAAUGGAGUCCUCCUGCUGACAAUGGGGGAAGAAAUGAUGUGACCUACAGAAUAUUGUGUAAGCGGUGCAGUUGGGAGCAGGGCGAGUGUGUUCCCUGUGGGAGUAACAUUGGAUACAUGCCCCAGCAGACUGGAUUAGAGGAUAACUAUGUCACUGUCAUGGACCUGCUAGCCCACGCUAAUUAUACUUUUGAAGUUGAAGCUGUAAAUGGAGUUUCUGACUUAAGCCGAUCCCAGAGGCUCUUUGCCGCUGUCAGUAUCACCACUGGUCAAGCAGCUCCCUCGCAAGUGAGCGGAGUAAUGAAGGAGAGAGUGCUGCAGCGGAGUGUCGAGCUUUCCUGGCAGGAACCAGAGCAUCCCAAUGGAGUCAUCACAGAAUAUGAAAUCAAGUAUUACGAGAAAGAUCAAAGGGAACGGACUUACUCAACAGUAAAAACCAAGUCCACUUCUGCCUCCAUUAAUAAUUUGAAACCAGGAACAGUGUAUGUUUUCCAGAUUCGGGCUUUUACUGCUGCUGGUUAUGGAAAUUACAGUCCCAGACUUGAUGUUGCUACACUAGAGGAAGCUACAGCUACAGCCGUCUCAAGUGAACAAAAUCCUGUUAUUAUAAUCGCUGUGGUUGCUGUGGCCGGGACCAUAAUUUUGGUGUUCAUGGUCUUUGGCUUCAUCAUUGGAAGAAGGCACUGUGGUUAUAGCAAAGCUGACCAAGAAGGGGAUGAAGAACUUUACUUUCAUUUUAAAUUUCCAGGCACCAAAACCUACAUUGACCCUGAAACCUAUGAGGACCCAAAUAGAGCUGUCCAUCAAUUCGCCAAGGAGCUAGAUGCCUCUUGUAUUAAAAUUGAGCGUGUGAUUGGUGCAGGAGAAUUUGGAGAAGUCUGCAGUGGUCGUUUGAAACUUCCAGGGAAAAGAGAUGUUGCGGUAGCCAUCAAAACUCUGAAAGUUGGUUACACAGAAAAACAAAGGAGAGACUUUCUGUGUGAAGCAAGCAUCAUGGGGCAGUUUGACCACCCAAAUGUUGUCCAUUUGGAAGGGGUUGUUACAAGAGGGAAACCAGUUAUGAUUAUAAUAGAAUUCAUGGAAAAUGGAGCCCUAGAUGCAUUUCUCAGAAAACAUGAUGGGCAAUUUACAGUCAUUCAGUUAGUAGGAAUGCUGAGAGGAAUUGCUGCUGGAAUGAGAUAUUUGGCCGAUAUGGGAUAUGUUCACAGGGACCUUGCAGCUCGAAAUAUUCUUGUCAACAGCAAUCUUGUUUGUAAGGUGUCAGAUUUCGGCCUGUCCCGAGUUAUAGAGGAUGAUCCAGAAGCUGUCUAUACAACUACUGGUGGGAAAAUUCCUGUAAGGUGGACAGCACCUGAAGCUAUCCAAUACCGGAAAUUCACGUCAGCCAGUGAUGUAUGGAGCUAUGGAAUAGUCAUGUGGGAAGUUAUGUCUUAUGGAGAAAGACCUUACUGGGACAUGUCAAAUCAAGAUGUUAUAAAAGCAAUAGAAGAAGGUUAUCGCUUACCAGCACCCAUGGACUGCCCAGCUGGUCUUCACCAGCUAAUGCUGGAUUGUUGGCAAAAGGAGCGUGCUGAAAGGCCAAAGUUUGAACAGAUAGUCGGAAUUCUAGACAAAAUGAUUCGAAACCCAAAUAGCCUGAAAACACCCCUGGGAACUUGUAGUAGGCCAAUAAGCCCUCUUCUGGAUCAAAACGCUCCUGACUUCACUGCCUUCUGUUCAGUUGGAGAAUGGCUACAAGCUAUUAAGAUGGAAAGAUACAAAGAUAACUUCACAGCAGCUGGCUACAACUCCCUUGAGUCAGUGGCCAGGAUGACUAUUGAGGAUGUGAUGAGUUUAGGGAUCACGCUGGUUGGCCAUCAAAAGAAAAUCAUGAGCAGCAUUCAGACUAUGAGGGCACAAAUGCUACAUUUACAUGGAACUGGCAUUCAAGUGUGAUAAGCAUUUCUCCCUUCUAAGGGAGAUUGCGGACUGUAAGUGAACAGUACUGGCCUUCAGUAUAUGCAUAGAAUGCUGCUAGAAGACAGUUGAUGUCCUGGGUCCUUUCUACAAGUGAAGAGAAGAUUUAAGAAGCACCUAUAGACUUGAACUCCUAAGUGCCACCAGAAUAUAUAAAAAGGGAAUUUAGGAUCCACCACUGGUGGCCAGAAAAACAGCAGUGACAAUAAACAAAGUACUACCUGAAAAACAUCCAAACACCUUGAGCUCUCUAACCUCCUUUUUAUCUUAUAGACUUUUUAAAGUGUACAUAAAAAAUUUAAGAGAGAAUAUAUUUGUCAAAUAAAAUCAUGAUCUAAUUGUUAAAAUCAAUGAAAUAUUUUCCUUAAAUAUGUGAUUUCAGACUAUUCAUUUAAAAAAUCAUUUGUGUUUAUUCUUCAUAAGGACUUUGUUUUAGAAAGUUGUUUAUAACUUUGGACCUUUUUAGUGUUAAAUCUAUUACACAUUACUACACUGGGUACCUUUGAAGGAAGCUCAAAUUUUAAAAAAUCAUAGCAUGAUUGAAGAUAUAUCUCUGUCAGAACAUUGGUAUCCUUUCUGUGCCAUUUUAUUUUGCUUAAUCUGUGUUGUUUGAUAUUGUUUGCUAAUUGGCAGGUCGUCAAGAAAAUGCAAGUUGCCAAGAGCUCUGAUAUUUUUUAAAAGGAAAUUUUUUUUGUAAAGAUAAAACAACACAUUAUCUUUUCAAUGAAAAAAAGCAAUAAUGAUCCAUAAAUACUAUAAGGCACUUUUAACAGAUUGUUUGUAGAGUGAUUUUACUAGAUAGAAUUUAAUGAUAAAAAAAAAUACUCAAAUUUUAGGUUUGUGACUAUUUAGUAAAAAAGAUGAGGCACCUCAUCUGAAGAAAGCUGGUGUAGGCAAGUCUCUGAAAGCAAGAACUCUCCAGUGUUACCUAAAAUUUAAUCUGAGCACAUCAAGAUUUUUUCAGUCUUGUGACAUUAGGAAAUUUAGGAGUAAUAGUUGACCUAUAUUUUUUAUCCUCUUCUGUUGAAUGCAGUCCAAACAUGAAAGGAAAGAAUCAAGUUUUAUGUUAGAACUCUGAAGCAUGAUAAAAAGGGGCAGUUCACAAUUUUCAUCAUUCGAAAACAAAUUUGCUGCACAGAAUAUCACCUUUGCAGUUAAAGCAAAGCAAAACAAAACAAAAAAAGUCUUUUAUUUGUGAACACUGAUGCAAGAAACUUUUUAAAUGAAAGAAUUUUUUUUGCCCUUAUAAGGAAGAGGUGAAGGAUCUGGCUUUUUUUCUUAUGCUUUAUUUAUUAAACCAUAUUAUUUGAUUACUUUAUUAGAAUUUCAUAAGCAAUAAUUAAAUGUGUCUUUAUAGAUAUUACAGGAAUGUAUACAUAUUAUAAGUAAUGAUUUCAAAAGUUAUGAAAAUCAUGAGCCACCCCAGAAUUGAACUGUUGUACUUCCAAAGAGAAUUGGGUUGUUUAUAAUGAUUUUAAUACAGAAAGAUCCCAGGGAUCGGUCAUAAUUGGUCUUGUUUGAUAAUGUGGGCAUCCACAAACAAACAAAUAACAGAAACAAAAUCUGUAAAUGUUCUUUUGUAAAACUUGUAAAUUUUAUUUAUACUGUCUUGUUUUGUACACACAUUUCUCUGUAGUGGGCUCUGAAUACAUUGAAAAUGCACUAUAUUUUUCUAUUUUACUUGCAGAGCAUCACAAAAGAACAGGUAUUUUCAGUGCUACAUAAUGUGUUUUCCCACAUUUAGGACCAAAGAUGGCUAUAGAAAAACUCAAAUGGAUUGCUUCCCAAACCCCUCCCCACCCUUUUUUUUUUUUUCUUUUAAAUCACUGUACAGUGUUAUUUGAUAUUUUAAUUUAUUUUUUGAUUGACUAGAAAAAUCAUUUUAAUUUCACUAAAGUGUUUUUUGUCCCUAAGGAAAAGUAAUCUGUAAAAAUAAUUUUAAUUAGCAUAAUACAGUCACCUAGACACUUCCAUUUGUAAUCUUUGUAAUAGACUGUAAAUAUAUUUUUGGAACUAUAACACAAUGUGCUUGAGGGUUAUUUUUCAGUGUCUGCAGUGUAUACAAGUGUUUAUACUCAGUACAGCACUUUACAAUUCUAAUCAGUAGCAUUGGCCUUUGUGAGAAUGAGUGAAAGAGUUGAGUGAGUGUUCUUAAUUCCGUUUGGAUUCUAGACUCACUAAUAAUGAAGUUCUUUUCUUGUUCAUAGCUUAAGGUGCUUAUUUUUUCUAUUAAAAUUAAAUUAACAAAAAGCCAUUCUAGAAAUAGAAGACAUAGUAUGGUACAUGCAAACGGUGUCUUUCCUGCUUUUUUCUAGCACUAGAUUUAUAGUUGAGUCGUCUUUCUUGAGUAGAAGGGCAGAAUAAAGUUUUUUUGAGUUUUUUUUUCAAAAAUAACUUUUUCUUCAGCAAUAUACCUCAUCUGCCUUAAAUUUUUUACAGCUCUUUACAGGGAAAGGGGAGAAGGGAUGGGAAAGACACACAGCACAAUAGGAAGUGUAUGACUACAUCACUCUCAUUUGUAGGUUUCUUUUCCCGAUCAACUUUAUGAUUUUGAUUCAUGUAUGUGAAACAAAUAUUAAGAGAAAAAGAAUUAACAUUGUAAUGCUGAUUGUAAAAUUCUCUUCCAGAAAGAGAUGAGAUGGUAUAAUGAUAAGAAUGUACAAUUUGCACCUUGAAAUCUUUUUUUUUGAUAAAUUAGUGCUCAGGGGAGGAAAAGUAGAGAAAGUGAACGUCGAAAAUAGAAUUCCAAAAUUAUAAAAAUGCAAAGGAAAUGGCCUCCUUUCUUUAACAGAGCCACCUUUUUUAGAAUGCUGUCUUCACACUUGACCUGUGUUUUGCAUUCAGUACUGAAAUAAAAGGAACUUUUAUUACAUCUGAAUCUAACAUUUUCUCAGCAAUUGAUCUGGGCCUUGUUUACUAGAACUGGUGGUUUAUGCUUGUCAGAGCACUAUUAGUUGAAUCAUAUUGUAUACUUAUGUAAUCUACAUUAGCUAGUACUGUUUAGGAAUAUAUUUUAAUUGCUCUUCUUAUCCGUGUUUCUAAGACAAUUAAAAUGGUGUAAUACACCUCUCUCUUUUAUUUAGGUAAUGCUGAUAUUCUCCUUUUUGUUUCCUGAGUAGCCUAGAACUGUGCUACUCGCUGAUGUGCAUGUACAAAUAAAUUACUGAUGUGUAUUUUUUUGCUAUAUGUGGAGAAAUCAUGGGGAACUUGGGGCGAGAUGUGCUUUUUGUUGGUUGAAUUUGUCCCUCCUUGCCUAAGAAUUACUACAGGGGUCAUCAUUUUAUAAGGACAAACUGCUUUUGAAACAGUGUCUUCAAUGUAUCAAGCACAAAUAACUCUUUCUUCAACACGAAUCUUAAGUCUCUUUCUACCAGCUUAAAAAAAUAAAUGAGUCUAUUAGACAAUGUAAAGAAAA